GUAUGUAUGGUUUGACUGUGUGUGAAAGAAUUUGUGUGUGGUGUGUUCUGGAGUUUGGGGAUGUGUUUUGUGUUAUUCUGUCUGAGCAGGUAUUUGUGAUGAUAGAUCUUGAGAAGAUCUUUCCGACGCAACAAGAAUCGCUUCAAUCGGAGCAAGAACGCGAAAGCUAUGAAGAUUCAAAGUUCAUGAGCUUGCGUUACAAUUGCGGCGGUUACAAAGUGAAGUUGUGGGGUGACUUUAUAUGGAGUUGGGACCUUUGGGAGUUGGGGAAAUUUGUCACUCUACUGUAACAGCUGCAAAUUGGUUGGGAACAACCAAGCUGGGUUGGCAAGGGUGGCCAACUUGGAUGGAUUGGUUGGGAAGGGACAAAUGUCAAAGUUGGGGUUCCUAUAGGGAGGGAAUCUUUGUGCUUAUGGGGUUUCCUUGGUUGGGGACUCUCUUGGGACCUUCCCUCUCGUCCCUCUCUUUCUAUCCCAACCUUUCUCUUGCUCCUCUAAUUCCUUGUGAGAUUCUUGAACUUUGAUUGAACUCUUGAGAUUGAGUUAAGUUCUCCUCCUACAGCUUACUCCCUAAUGCGUCGAAAGCCAUAGCGUCGCGAAUACUUCAUCAAUCAACAUGAUUCAAAUUGGGAACGGUAGCUGAGAGUAAGAGCUACAACAUAUCCAAGUUUCGCGACAUUCCAACGGCUAGUUUUUCGUCGACGUCGUUUCUUGUGAAGACGACUUUUCUGUCCAGAAUUUCGGAUUAAUAUUUUUGAGUAAUUCUAGCUCCUAAGUUCACCUAGACUCCGUCCUUAAUACUAACAAGUGGUAUCAGAGCAAUAUUAAGGACAUUGAGAGGAGUCUACAGAAGUGUGAAGACCCUUCUAGACCCACCAUGGCCUGUGGGUGUGCCUAAGUGGUGUUCUAAAGGUUGGAUGUGUCUUCCGCUAAGGGGAAACUCUGCCGAAAUUUCGUGGACGCCGACACUUGUGAAAAAUAUCAAGGGAGCUGUGUGUGGACAGCAAAGGGGAGCUGAAAUUCGUCAUUUCUCAAGGAGAAGAUGAAUGAGAGAGGAGGAGAUGCUAAUGGAAGAGGAGCUGUAGCUGAGAAGACAAGUGAGCCGCCGCCAUCAAAAGUUGAAGCUUUGGAUGGCUCCAACUAUGAGGAAUGGAGCGGACGGAUGAGGAGUGCCUUCAAACGCUACAAGCUACUGAAGAUUGCUGUUGAGGAAGAGAAGAUGCCGGAAGAAGGCGAAGCACGCGAACGGUGGAUUGAGAAAAGCGCGGUGCUUUUCGACCUCAUUCUUCAAUCGGUCAACAAGGAGAUGUUCGAGCACAUCAAGGAUCUUGUGGAAGCGGAUGAUUCGGGUCCAAGGGCGUGGAAACUACUACGUGAUAUGAUUCAGCCCAACACUCUCCCAAUGGUGAUCGUGCUCGAGAAGGAACUUGCUCACAUCUCCAUGCGACCAGGGGACGAUGUGAAGCCGGUCCUUGACAAGAUCAAGGACACCUAUGCAAGGAUGGCAGCAGCGGGCAGCAGUGUAUCUCAGCUGCAGCAGUGCACCAAGAUCAUCUCGGUGUUGGACAACUCUUGGGACAACCUCAUCCCCACCCUCAACUCUCAGCAAGAUCAAUGGACACCUGAGUGGCUAAGGCAGCAGAUUCUGCAGGAGGACUUCCGUAGACGCCAUGUGGGAGGCGGUGCUGCCACGAAGACUGCUGAGGGGUAUGGAGCUGCAGGGCGCGGCAAAGGAAGAGGGGGUUGGAGAGGCCGAGGCCGUGGGAGGAGCUUUGGCAGAGGUAGAGGCCGAGGUGACUAUAAUGAGGGGCAUGGGAGCUCCAGUGGCAGGGGGAGUACCAGAAUGGAGGGCACCUGCUGGUACUGCAAGAAGGUCGGGCAUCCUUGGUUCAAGUGCUUCAGCAGGCCGGAGGGAUGGGCACCUCCAGGCAUGAAGCCGCCCAGUGGUGAACGCGCACAAGGUGGCGCUGUGCAAGGCUCAGGUGCACAAGGUGAAGGUGCACAAGGUAAUGCCUAUCCUGGUUUGUUUCUUAUGGUUGAGGAUGUGCAUGGGCAUGAGGGUGAUGUGGGAUCUGUGGGAAAGGUUGUGAUGCACCCUCUCACGCACUGGGUGAUUGAUUCGGGUUGCACCAGUCACAUGACCCCACGGGCAGAUUUGCUUCAUGAGGUAAAACCCCCUGGGAAGAUCAAGUAUGUGGCAGCAGCGUCAGGUGCUUUGCUCCCUGUCAUUGGUGUUGGAAAUGCCAAGGUUAAGGGAGCUAAUGGGGAGCUUGUGGGGCUUGGGAAUGUUCUGCUGGUUGAAGGCUUGUCUGCUAACCUUCUCUCUGUGCGACGACUGCAGAAGAGCAAGGCCGAAGUGACCUUUGGACCAACCAGCUGCCGUGCUAAGCUUGGGAAGAAGGUGCUGUGGAGUCUGGAAGAGGAGACCAGCUGCAUCAAGGACCUGUGGCAGCUGCCCAUCAUCCCAUGGAAUGGGAAGACUCCAACAGCAGCAACGGCAGCAGCGGCAAAGGCAACAGCAGGAGGAGAUGCAACUGCACCAACUGAUGGGGUCCUGGAAGCAGUCAAGAAAGUGCAGCAGCAGCAGACACAUGGUGAGGUGCUUGCUGGUGUGGAUGCGAGUGCGGCAUGGGCUAAGGCUUCAUCAAGGAGUGGAGAGGCCGAUUGGGAGACAUGGCAUGAGAGGCUGUGUCAUGUGAACUUCCCUAUGCUACAGAAGUUGGUGAAGGAUGGGAGCCUGAAGGGCUUGGAGGUGAAAGGGGGAGUGAAGGAGAUUGGGAGCUGCCCUACAUGCUUGGAGACCAAGUUCUCCAAGUUCCCCUUCAACAGCACUACAGGACCAGCCAAGACCCCACUUGCACUUGUGCACAUGGAUGUGGUGGGGCCCACAAGAGCCCCUUCCCUCUCAGGCAGCGGCUAUUUCUUCACAAUUGUAGAUGACCACACUCGGGCAGUGUGGGUUUACCCUUUGAAGAGCAAGGGGGAGGUGGCAGUGGCUGUCCUUAAGGAGUGGAUGCCUAGAGCUCAGAGGGAAUGCGGACACAAGGUGAAGGUGAUCCGUAGUGACAAUGGUGGGGAGUUCAUUGGAGCUGAUUUUGAGGGGGAGUUGAAGAGGAAGGGGAUCCAACAUCAACUGACAGUGCCCUACAACCCGCAGCAGAAUGGCGUGGCUGAGAGGUUCAACAGGACCCUGCAGGAGGGGGCACGCACUCUCCUUGGGCGUGCAGGGCUGCCUGAUCCGUUUUGGGUGUCUGCACUGAGGCAGGUCGCCCUUGUGAAGAACAGGGUGCUGGCUACAGUUGGAGAUAAGGAGUGGAUCCCAUAUGUCAAGUGGUAUGGGAGUGCUCCAGCUGUGAACAUGCUGAGGGCAUUUGGGUGCAUGGUGGUGUUUCAUGUGCCUAAGGAGAAAAGGGGGAAGUUGGAGGCUUCUGGAAGAUGGGGUGUGCACUUGGGGAUUGCAAAGGAUCACAAGGGGUGGCUGCUAUGGGACUUGACCACCCAGAAGUUGACAGUGUCAAGGGAUGUGAAGUUUCUUGAGUCCCUGUACUACAAGGAAUGGAAGCAGCAGCAACAGAAGCUUCCAUCUACACCGCUCAUUGUGGAGGCAGAUGAGGUGCAGCAGCCUUCAAGACAGGUGGAGGCUGCAGUGUCAGAGGAGGAGAUGUCUGGGGUGACUGAGGAAGGGGGAGCAGCUGAAGUAGAGCAGCAGCAGCAGCAGCAGCAGCAGCAGCAUGAGUCUCCACCUCGAGUUCCACACCCGCCUGAGCGUCCUAGGAGGGAUGUGCGCCCUCCAGUGAGGCUGACCUAUGGGGGAAGAGGCAAGCCGAAUGUGGUGCAGGCUGGGAGUGUGGUUGAGCAGAUUGAGGAAGAUGAGAUCGCUCACUGCUACUGGGCACCAAUCCCUGAGCCCAAGACUCGAGAGGAGGCUUUGAAUGGACCAAAUGGGGAGAAGUGGAAGGUGAGUGAGGAUGAGGAGUUCGGGUCCCUAAUUGAGAACGAGACAUGGGACCUGUGUGACUUGCCUCCUGGAAAGAAGGCAAUCACUUCCAAGAUGAUCUACAGGCACAAGUAUGGACCUGAAGGGGAGCUGACCCGCUACAAGUCUAGGCUUGUGGCACGGGGGUUUCAACAGACAAAGGGGAAGGACUAUGAUGAGGUGUUUGCUCCUGUGGGGAAAGGAACAACACUGAGGGUGCUGUUGGCGAUAGCUGCACUCCUGGGAUGGAAGAUUCGGCAGAUGGAUAUUGUGACUGCCUUUCUGAAUGGGAUCAUUAUGGAGGAGGUGUACAUGAAGCAGCCAGAGGGGCUGGAUGACGGGAGCGGCAGGCUUGCUGGGAUGAGUGUGCAUUGAGUAUGCAUGCUUGAGAUGUUGGUAUGGUGGUUGAUGGUUGGCAGCCAGAGGGGGAGAUUGUUGUGUGAUGUCAUCAUAUGCUAUCACAUUCUGUCUGCCUCUCAUCUCUUGUUUCAAUUCGUAUGUAUGGUUUGACUGUGUGUGAAAGAAUUUGUGUGUGGUGUGUUCUGGAGUUUGGGGAUGUGUUUUGUGUUAUUCUGUCUGAGCAGGUAUUUGUGAUGAUAGAUCUUGAGAAGAUCUUUCCGACGCAACAAGAAUCGCUUCAAUCGGAGCAAGAACGCGAAAGCUAUGAAGAUUCAAAGUUCAUGAGCUUGCGUUACAAUUGCGGCGGUUACAAAGUGAAGUUGUGGGGUGACUUUAUAUGGAGUUGGGACCUUUGGGAGUUGGGGAAAUUUGUCACUCUACUGUAACAACUGCAAAUUGGUUGGGAACAACCAAGCUGGGUUGGCAAGGGUGGCCAACUUGGAUGGAUUGGUUGGGAAGGGACAAAUGUCAAAGUUGGGGUUCCUAUAGGGAGGGAAUAUUUGUGCUUAUGGGGUUUCCUUGGUUGGGGACUCUCUUGGGACCUUCCCUCUCGUCCCUCUCUUUCUAUCCCAACCUUUCUCUUGCUCCUCUAAUUCCUUGUGAGAUUCUUGAACUUUGAUUGAACUCUUGAGAUUGAGUUAAGUUCUCCUCCUACAGCUUACUCCCUAAUGCGUCGAAAGCCAUAGCGUCGCGAAUACUUCAUCAAUCAACAUGAUUCAAAUUGGGAACGGUAGCUGAGAGUAAGAGCUACAACAUAUCCAAGUUUCGCGACAUUCCAACGGCUAGUUUUUCGUCGACGUCGUUUCUUGUGAAGACGACUUUUCUGUCCAGAAUUUCGGAUUAAUAUUUUGAGUAAUUCUAGCUCCUAAGUUCACCUAGACUCCGUCCUUAAUACUAACAGAACUUAC